AUGGUCAACUCCCGUUGUGGCUCCGUCUGCUCUGACCAGGGCUGUGGCCAAGGCUGCUGCCAGGAGACCUGCUGCCGUCCCACCUGCUGUCAGACCACCUGCUGCAGGACCACUUGCUGCCGCCCCAGCUGCUGUGUGUCCAGCUGCUGCCGCCCCAGCUGCUGUGGUUCCAGCUGCUGUGGUAGCAGCUGCUGCCGCCCCAGCUGCUGCAUCUCCAGCUGCUGCCGCCCCAGCUGCUGUGGUUCCAGCUGCUGUGGUAGCAGCUGCUGCCGCCCCAGCUGCUGCAUCUCCAGCUGCUGCCGCCCCAGCUGCUGUGGUUCCAGCUGCUGUGGUAGCAGCUGCUGCCGCCCCAGCUGCUGCAUCUCCAGCUGCUGCCGCCCCUCCUCCUGUGGUUCCAGCUGCUGUGGCUCCAACUGCUGCCGCCCCAGCUGCUGCAUCUCCAGCUGCUGCCGCCCCUCCUGCUGUGGUUCCAGCUGCUGUGGCUCCAGCUGCUGUCGCCCCAGCUGCUGCCCCUGCUGCUGCCUCCGCCCCGUCUGUGGCCAGGUCUCCUGUCACACCAACUGCUAUCGCCCCACCUGUGUCAUUGCCACCUGCCCCCGCCCCAUGUGCUGCGCCUCCUCUGGCUGCUGA